UCCGGACGCUGCCCCGUGACCAACAUCGAAGACCCCAGGGGAGCCAUGGAGUCCGCCCUGGCUGCGUCCGGCUCGGCCACGGGCCCCGUCACCUUCUCCCACGUCUUCGGGCAGCAGUGCCAGCUGAUGGAAGCAGCGGUGCAGUCACUGCACACCCUCAAUGACCAGAUAUCCCACUUUAUCGUCACCAAGUCCAAGGCGCUGGAGGAGGACAAAGACCCCUUUGUGCCCGCUGAGAAGGAGACCCUGAAGAGCUCCAUGACCUUGAUGAGGCACCUGCUCAUGGACGCCCAGGCCAAAAUCCUGAGCAUGAUGGAAGACAAUAAGCAGCUCGCGCUCCGCAUCGAUGGGGCGGUCCAGUCGGCCAGCCAGGAGGUGACCAACCUGCGAGCUGAACUCACGGCCACCAACCGGAGACUGGCGGAACUGAGCGGAGGUGGCGGCCCCGGCCCCGGCCCGGGCCCGGGAGCGGCGGCCAGCGCCUCGGCGGCUGCAGACUCAGCGGCGGCGGCGAACAUGGAGAACCACCAGCACGGCGCGCAAGUGCUCCUGCGGGAAGAAGUGUCUCGGCUCCAGGAGGAAGUGCACCUUCUCCGGCAGAUGAAGGAGAUGCUGGCGAAGGACCUGGAGGAGUCGCAGGGCGGCAAGUCCUCUGAGGUCCUCUCAGCCACCGAGCUCAGGGUCCAGCUGGCCCAGAAGGAGCAGGAGCUAGCCAGAGCCAAAGAAGCCUUGCAGGCCAUGAAGGCCGACCGGAAGCGCCUCAAGGGCGAGAAGACGGACCUGGUGAACCAGAUGCAGCAGCUGUACGCCACGCUGGAGAGCCGCGAGGAGCAGCUGCGGGACUUCAUCCGGAACUACGAGCAGCACCGCAAGGAGAGCGAGGACGCCGUCAAAGCCCUGGCCAAGGAGAAGGACCUGCUGGAGCGGGAGAAGUGGGAGCUCCGGCGCCAAGCCAAGGAGGCCACGGACCACGCCACGGCGCUGCGCUCCCAGCUGGACCUCAAGGACAACCGGAUGAAGGAGCUGGAGGCUGAGCUGGCCAUGGCCAAGCAGUCCUUAGCCACGCUGACCAAGGACGUCCCCAAGCGGCAUUCCCUCGCCAUGCCGGGCGAGACGGUGCUCAACGGCAACCAGGAGUGGGUGGUGCAGGCGGACCUGCCACUGACCGCAGCCAUCCGGCAGAGCCAGCAGACUCUCUACCACUCGCAUCCCCCCCAUCCCGCAGACCGGCAAGCGGUCAGGGUGAGCCCCUGCCACUCCCGGCAGCCCUCGGUCAUCUCCGACGCUUCUGCCGCGGAAGGCGACCGGUCGUCCACGCCAAGCGACAUCAACUCCCCCCGACACCGGACGCACUCCCUCUGCAACGGCGACAGUCCCGGCCCAGUUCAGAAGAACCUGCACAACCCUAUUGUACAGUCACUAGAGGAUCUUGAAGACCAAAAACGGAAAAAGAAGAAAGAGAAGAUGGGAUUUGGCUCCAUCUCCCGCGUCUUCGCCAGAGGGAAGCAGCGGAAGUCCCUCGACCCCGGCCUCUUUGAUGACUCGGACAGCCAGUGCAGCCCCACGAGGCAGAGCCUCAGCCUGUCGGAGGGCGAGGAGCAGGUGGACCGGCUGCAGCAGGUGGAGCUGGUCCGGACCACCCCCAUGUCCCACUGGAAGGCGGGCACCGUGCAGGCCUGGCUGGAGGUGGUCAUGGCCAUGCCCAUGUACGUCAAGGCCUGUGCGGAGAACGUGAAGAGUGGCAAGAUGCUGCUGAGUCUGAGUGACGAGGACCUGGAGCUGGGCCUGGGCGUGUGCAGCUCCCUGCACCGGCGCAAGCUGCGGCUGGCCAUCGAGGACUACCGCGAUGCGGAGGCGGGCCGCAGCCUGUCCAAAGCCGCCGACCUGGACCAUCACUGGGUGGCCAAGGCCUGGCUGAACGACAUCGGCCUGUCCCAGUACUCCCAGGCCUUCCAGAACCACCUGGUGGAUGGGCGGAUGCUGAACUCCCUGAUGAAGCGGGACCUGGAGAAGCACCUGAACGUGUCCAAGAAGUUCCACCAGGUCAGCAUCCUGCUGGGCAUCGAGCUGCUGUACCAAGUGAACUUCAGCAGAGAGGCCCUCCAGGAGCGCCGGGCCCGCUGCGAGACACAGAACACAGACCCUGUGGUCUGGACCAACCAGCGGGUGCUCAAGUGGGUGCGAGAUAUCGACCUGAAGGAGUACGCGGACAACCUGACCAACAGCGGGGUCCACGGCGCCGUGCUGGUGCUGGAGCCCACGUUCAACGCCGAGGCCAUGGCCACCGCGCUGGGCAUCCCCAGCGGGAAGCACAUCCUCCGCAGACACCUGGCGGAGGAGAUGAGCGCCGUCUUCCCCCCGGCCAGCUCCACGGGCAUCCGGGAGGCGGAGCGCUUCGGCACGCCCCCCGGGAGGGCCUCCAGCGUCACCCGCGCGGGGAGGGAGGAGAACAGCAGCGGCCUCAAGCACAAGGCUGGCCGGCUGCCCCUGGGGAAGAUAGGACGGGGCUUCAGCAGCAAGGAGCCCGAUUUCCAUGAGGACUACGGCUCUCUCCAAAACGAGGACUGCGGCGACGACGACCUGCAGGGCAGGCCCGAGCAGGGCCGCCUGGAAGGCUACAAUGGCCUGGAGGUCACCAACGUGUAAGGGCCAAUGCCCCGCCGGACCCAGCACGGGGUCUCGCCUGGAGGAAGAGUAGCCGCCUAGCCACUGUACAUAGCGACCUCGGGCUGAGCACGCUCCUCUGGUCCUGGAAGAAUCCCAGCACGCCGCUGCAACUCCAGACCGGGGCGCAAGGGGCGGGGAGACCCCCGCCUCGGACCUCCUGCUCCACGGGAGGGUGCCGGCCACGAGGAUCUGUCGCCGUGCCCAGCCCCUCAGAGUGACUGACCGGCAGCUGUUGUCCUGGAGCCCUGAACUGAGCCGCCACAGUGGGAGGAGGUCCCCAGGCACCCUCCUAGGGGGCGCGGAUGGGACUCCAGCCGGGCACGCAGUGCCCGGGAGUGACCGUGGUUGGAGCAGGCAAAGCCCGAGGUUGGCCAGUCCACACGGGACCCAGGCAGGGAGGUGACAGGAGGUGCUGCCUCGGGCUGAGACCUCACACGGAGGGCCGUCCCCUCGCCAGCAUCUUCGUCCCUGGGACUGAGAGCCUGGGUUCUUCUUCAGGUCCCCGAAUCCCUCUUGGGUGAAAGCAAAACAGGGAAGUCAUUUCCUGUCCCCUAAAAACCCCGGGGCCACUCGGGGUAGACAAGAGCUGUUUCCCCACCCUCCCCAGAGCAGCUCCACAGGUUCACAGCUGGAGCAUGGCCCAUGCAGGGCGGGGCUUAGCAGUGACACUCCCAGGAGGUGCAGACAGCCUGGGUCAUCGGGGUGAAAAGCACGGUGAUGGCAGGAUCAGGGACACCUGAGUCAGGGGGUCUGUGACAGCUGCGCCAAAUGUGGCGACAGAUCUGGGGUGGGCGGCAGGGAAAUGCUCACAGCUCCCCCGGCAAACCUUUGCCGGGACGACUGUCACCUGAAACAGAGGUGUGCUCGCCCAGGGUCCUCACUGAGAUGAACCCCGCAGGGCACAGUCGGAACGGCUCGUCUGGGCUGCUGUUUCGCUGGGGGGCGUCUCCCCGGUGAACUCACCUCUCCGUGCCUCAACCCCUUCAUCUGCUCUACUCCCGGUUCCCUCCCAGGGAUGCUGUGAGGACUAACCCUUGCUAAUGUCUGUAACACACUCCGUAACCUCUCAGGACACGGGUGGGAAGCUGGCGGUGGGCGGCUGUCUCAUUUCUCAUUUACGAUGACGCAGAGCCAACACGGAGCUGCUUCUCUGUACCUCUGUGAUGUUGGAAGCCGUGUGCAGGAGGAGCACAAGGAAUGUUCCAUGUUUCCAUUCCCCAGAGCCCCCCACAGGGCUCGACCACACACAGAGGGGGGAAUCCCCCGAGCACAGCCCCUGGAAACCGGUUCAGUUUGAGUGCUCGGGCUUGAUUGAGUUCCUG